AUAUGGCGGCACCCUCGGCACUGGUCACCUCUGCUGUGCAGAAUGUCACUUCGGCUGCCCCUGCCGCAGCUCAGCCGCACACAGCACUCACGCACACAGUGCUCACGCAAGGUACAGGAUCAUCGCCACAACCCAAGCCGAUUACGACUAAGAAAAUAUCACUCGUUAAGAAGCCCACUGUACAAGUCGCUUCCUCCUCACUGGCUAUCAAUGCCCUCAAGGGCAAAAUUAAGGUUGGUGAGAAAUAUGAAUCAGGCUUCAGCAUGGCCCAUGAAGAACUCUGCGAGAACAAUGGGCGGGAACUGAAGGUGCUGGUACUGAUUACAACGGCGCCAGACCACGAGAAGCACCGCACAGCUGUAAGACAGACCUGGGGCCACUUUUCAGUGAGGAAGGAUGUGGUCAUGGCCUUUGUAGUUGGGAGAACCACCAAUGCCAAUGUUCAGAGCAACAUAGACAAGGAGAAUGAAUUAUAUGGCGAUAUUAUUCAAGCCAAUUUUAUUGAUCAUUAUAGUAAUCUCACACUGAAGACAAUAUCUAUGUUUGAAUGGGUUAAGACAUAUUGCUCUGAGUCACACUUCAUUCUUAAGACUGAUGAUGAUAUGUUUAUCAACAUGCCCUUACUUUUAAAUUUUAUCGACUCGAAGGCAAAGGAGGACCACGUAAUGUAUGGUCGAAUGGCCAAAGGCUGGAAACCUGUAAGGAAUAAGAAGAGCAAAUAUUUUAUUGAUACUAAAACCUACAGCAAAUCUAAGUACCCAGACUUUCUCACCGGACCAGCAUAUCUCUUUACGAGUGAUAUCGUAGAUGAUAUAUACCAGAAGGCUCUUGACACUACAUUCUUUGUUUUGGAAGAUGUGCUGCUUACUGGUAUAGUGGGGGAAAGUUUGAGAAUCAGAAGAGUAGGUGAUUCCCGGUUCAGGAAUGAAAAAAUUAAACUAACAGAUACAUGUGGCCUCAUGAAAACGAUAUCAAUUCAUAUGGUUAAAUUUGAAGAACAGUUCGACAUAUACAAACGGACAUUAGAUGGAAAAGCUAAGUGUAAAAUUGGAUAGCUAAAUUCAAAUUAGCUCUCUUCCUCUUCUUGAAGAAGUAGAUGCUUAAUAUCGGCAGGUAUAAGUUUACCAUGUGAUAGACAAAAUAUGAUAUAUGCUCAAAACACGACUCUUUGGAAGUCUGUGAUUCUCCGUUUCCUUAAGUGUGAUGGAAAUCAAGAGACAUUUUCAUUGAUGUCUAGUCUCUACAUCUCACGCAGUGAUGGUAACAUUAACUUAUUGUGUAAGUUGCAUAUACAGUACAGUACCAGGAUGUAAAUUUUUAUGACGAAUUAUUGUAGAAAUGAGGAAUUUAUUCACAGCGAUUUGAAGGAUUCAUGAACUACUGAGCCAAAGAUAUUACACUACAGAACAUGUGAUGGUCAUCCUCAAUCAUAUUAAUAUUUAUUUUGUGUAUUGUGUCCUUCACAAGACUUUAGAAACAUUGGUGUAGAAGGAAUAUUUUUUGUAAGACCUGUAAGGAAAGUACAGUAGAGGAUUUUUGCAAAAUGCUAAAUGACUUUUCUUAAUAAUACCAUUUCAUCGUGCAUUUCUAAGGUCCCUUUCUCUCUCUCUUGGUUAUGAUGAACAAAAGUGAAUGGCUCAUUGUUUCAGUAACUGUUCAAUAAUGAUGAGUCUUUUAUUGAUAAGGUGCUACCCCUCUCUCUCUCUCAGCGAAGGUUAGUGCAUUUAUUGAUAAGGUGCUACCCCUCUCUCUCUCUCACCGAAGGUUAGUGCAUUUAUUGAUAAGGUGCUACCUCUCUCUCUCUCAGCGAAGGUUAGUGCAUUUAUUGAUAAGGUGCUACCCCUCUCUCUCUCUCACCGAAGGUUAGUGCAUUUUAAAGUGCGAGUGAGUACAGGGUUUCACCCUACACAGGGUUCUGUAUGGGUGAAGUUCUCUCUCUUACAUAUGUUUUACCAUUACAUAGUUUCAGUGAAAAAGUGAACAUUUUUAUACAUACAUACAUAUAUAUAUAUAUAUAUAUAUAUAU